AUGACUGGAUAUGAAGACAGCAACAUGGUAGAGGCCCAGGCUCGGACGCCAUACGUCUCAGUGGCCCCCGACGAGAUGACUGCCGACCAAUUUGACGAGAAAGACCAGCAGGGAGUGGAGGUCGAGGAGGAAAUCCCCUUGAGAGAUGACAAUCCUGUCGUAGGAGACAGUCUUCGACUUCCUACGGUCCCUUCUCGGCCACUGCCAUUUUGGAUUCGCUAUCCAAAGGCCUUGCUUUGGUGCUUCGUCCCGAGCUUCCUGCACCCUACAGAUCCAGCCAAACCACCAAAACAGCUUCAUCCGACGGCAUGGCUCGAUGGCCUUCGAGGCAUAGCGUCAUUCGUGGUCGUCUGCCACCAUUGGUCACUCGUCGUUUACCCCAUCGAACUGCACAAGGGGUACCUAUCCGAUGAUAAGCCCAUGUUCAUCCAACUACCCAUCAUACGCUUGGCCGUGUCUGGAUAUUGGGCCGUGUGCGUUUUCUUCGUCAUCUCUGGCUUUGCCCUCAGCUACAAGCCCAUGAAACUUCUAUCUCAGAACCGAAGGGCCGACUUCGCCAUCGCCGCGGCCUCCUCUGCCUUCCGCCGAUACAUCAGAAUCUUCGCCUCUCCUGCGGUCACAACGCUCGUCAUUGCCCUCAUGACAUACGCGGGUUGGUUUCAGCAUGGAGCGAGGCCGAAGACACUCAUCUUCCCGAGGUUGAGGCCGCCUGUGGCCGGGACUUUGUAUGGUCAGCUAGAGCAUUGGUUCAUUAAGAUUGUUGGAUUCGCCAACCCUGUGUCGCGAAACACUCGGAGGGGAAACAACUUUCCGUACGACGCCGCUCUCUGGACUAUACCCAUCGAGUUUGACUGCUCAAUGGUCAUCUUCCUCGCUCACGUCGCCUUCUCCAGACUACGCCCCGGCGUCCGGCUCUUCUUCCAUGUUUUCGUCAGCUGCUACACCCUUUGGUUCAAUAUGUGGGAGUUCUUCCUGUUCUUCGCCGGACUUCUCCUUGCGGAUCUUCACUUCCACUUCCAACCGGCGUCGGGUGAAUUUCACGAAGGUGAAGGCGGUUGGAACGCCCUCCCCAGAUGGACAAAUAGCUUGCGACGGGACAGUUUCGCUCGCUUCCAGUCCAUGAUCGCCGGCUCGCCGACCUUUUCCAACUUCAGGAGCUCUAUACAAUCCCGCCGCGACAGUCUCUCAUCCUCGCCCUCCCUGCCAAAGUUCAAGAAAGUCGUUGGCAUCGCCGCAUUCAUCUUCUCGCUGUGGCUGCUCUCGUACCCGCACUUGGUCAACGAUGCUGCCGCAACCCCGGGCUACAGGGCUCUGACUGCCAUCACCCCCAAGCAAUACAAGAGCGGAGAUUCCCUUUGGAUUCCACUUGGUGCCAUCCUUCUCAUCUUCACCAUCGAUAGGGUCCCUUCCCUGCAGCGCAUGUUCAACAGACCGUUGAUACAGUACCUCGGUCGCAUCUCAUUCAUGUUGUAUCUGGUCCACAACUCGAUGUUGUGGAUGUAUGGAUGGCACACUUGGCAGUUCAUGACGUCCAUCACCGGAGUCGCCACGUCUUGGCAGUACUUCUGGAGCGUAUUCUGGGCGAGUUGCUUCUUCCUGCCCGGUGUCAUUGUGGUGGCCGACUUCUUUCAGCGAUAUGUGGACUCGAAUGCAGUUGCGUUCGCAGCUUGGCUUGAGAAGAAGUUGAUUGACAAGACGGCAUGA